UUUUUCCUAUUCUUCGGUGAUACGUGAUUACGCAUCCGACAGAUCUAAUUAUUUAAACAAGAAGAGAGAUAUAUAAAUGAUUGAAAAAGAAAUAUUCUUGUAAUAUAGAGAGAAGAAGAAGAAGAAAAAAAAAAGAUCCUCUUAUUGGGAUAUUCUUUAUUUGUUGAACUGCCGUCGCCGUUCUUCGUAAUCGUUGAAACGCGUCAUCGUCCUUGUUGUUAUUGUUACACAACCGUUGUUGCACCGUCUCGUGUAAUCAGUCACUUCGUCGUUGCCAUUCUCUACUACGCCGUUCCCCUCUCGUCCCCCUUCCCGCCGGUGAUUGUGUCGUUGUGGUGGUUUCACCCUCCCUUCCCUCCCCCCUCUCUCCAACCCCCCGCCACUACCCCGUCCCUCCAGAAAAAUAUCACGCGUUCUUUUCUAAAUAUCGAGAAAAAAAACUCGUUCCGAUCUGCGAAUUCUUCCCCCUCCCCCCUCCCCAAAUAACGAAGGAGAAAAAUAAAGAAGGAGAGAAAGAGAGAGAGAGAAAAAGGGAAGAAUCGAACUCGUCUUUUCGCCUUUGGAAACAAAGAGGUCCGAAGUGAAGCAUGGUAGUCAAGAACGAGAAUACGAGAAAUGGGCAUGAGCUGGCUCCGUUGAACGAGGAACGUCAGGCAGGGCAGAACGUGACAAUCGUGGUAACCGGGAAUCAAAAUGCUGCUGGCAGUCAAGAGACCAAGGAGGAGAACAGGGCGGAAUGGAGCGGGAAGAUGCAAUUUUUCCUCAGUAUUAUCGGUUACAGCGUGGGGCUUGGGAAUAUAUGGAGAUUCCCUUACCUGUGCCAACAGAACGGAGGAGGUGCCUUUCUCAUCCCCUUUUUCGUGAUGCUAAUCCUAGAGGGUGUACCUCUCUUUUUAAUCGAGCUGGGUCUCGGUCAACGCAUGCGACAGGGCGCCCUUGGUGUAUGGAACACGAUACAUCCAUGGUUAGGCGGUAUAGGGAUAGCAUCGUGCAUCGUCACCUUCUUCGUAGCACUUUAUUACAACGUCAUCAUUACCUGGUGCUUCUAUUAUCUUUUCAAUUCACUGGAGGCCGUCACGAUUAAAGCUGGCGAACCGUUGCCAUGGGCGAAAUGUCCGGAGGUUGAUGGGAAGCCGGUGGAGGAAUGCGUGAAGAGUUCGGAAACUGCCUAUUUUUGGUACAGAACCACUCUGGACGCGGCACCCUCGAUCGAGGAAGGAUCGAGCGGUCUGAAAUGGUGGAUUGUCCUUUGUCUACUGUUGAGUUGGAUCGUCGUCUUUUUUAUCGUGAUGAAAGGAAUACAAUCAUCGGGGAAGGUGGUAUAUUUUACAUCCAUGUUCCCGUAUUUGGUGCUUACUAUCUUUUUUAUUCGUGGAAUAACGUUAAAAGGUGCCAGCGCUGGAUUGGCCCACAUGUACACGCCAAAGAUCGAGAAGCUGUUAGAGCCGACGGUCUGGCUCGACGCAGCGACGCAAGUUUUUUAUAGUUUCGGACUAGCGUUCGGCUCACUGAUCGCGUUCGGAUCUUACAACACUCCAGACAACCACUGCGUCCGGGACGUGAUUCUGGUUAGCUGUUGCAACGCCUUCACCGCAAUUUACGCGAGUAUCGUGAUAUUCGCCAUUCUAGGCUUUAAGGCGAUGACAAAUGUCGAUAAGUGCCUCGCAGGUAAUAAAGACUUACUCGUUCAACACGGAUUUGCCUAUCAGAACACUAGCAUGGAGAGAUACAAGGAUAUUGUAAAUAAUCUGAAUGAAACAAAAAUGAAUUUCACCCUUGAAACGUGUAGCCUGAGCGAACAAUUGGACAACGCUGCCGAAGGAACGGGAUUAGCUUUCAUAGUGUUCACACAGGCGAUAGUCGAGCUACCAGGCGCUCCUUUCUGGUCCUGUAUUUUCUUUUUGAUGCUUCUAGCCCUAGGUCUCGGUUCCCAAAUCGGUAUACUGGAGGGCAUGCUGUGCGUCAUCUUCGACAUAGAUCUGUUCAAGAGAAUAAAAAAGCAAUACAUGACAGGGGUAGUUUGCACGGUGUGCUUCUUUGUUGGUUUAAUAUUCUGUACCGGAGCCGGAGAAUAUUGGCUAAAGAUGUUCGACAGUUUCGCAGGUACCAUCGGCCUCGUGAUGGUCGCGCUCAUGGAAAUGAUUUCCGUCAUCUUUGUUUAUGGCCACGAAAAAUUCACGAAAGAUAUAGAAGAGAUGACAGGAUACAGACCAGGGGCGUAUUGGCAAUUCACCUGGCGAUUUCUCGCUCCUAUAAUCAUGGUCUGCAUCCUCGUCUCCAGUAUAAUCUCCAUGGUUGUGAAAAAGCCUCAAUAUUCCGCGUGGGACGCGUCACGAGGCAUAGCUGUACCGACCGCGUAUCCCAGCUGGGUGUUGGCUAUAGCGGUCGUCAUCAUUUUUGCGGGCAUCGCGCCAAUACCGAUUGUAUUCCUUUUGAGGCGGUUCCAAUGCGUCAAGUUGGACGUUGACAUUCACCAGGGCAGCAUACGACGUAUCGAUACCACCGUUUCUACCAAAGAAAUGAUGGGAGAUGUCGAUUUGGACGAGUACCACGAUCGCCUCGAAGAUUUUCCCGAGGAGGACGAAGACGUGAACAGCGAUGACGACAACAACAGCGCCCCGCCGAUAACGAAGAUCGUCCCUAACAAACUUCAGGGUAAACCGUUCAAAAUGGAAGUGAUGGACUUUUAAAAGUUGUCAGAUUCGUCGACUUUUGUCGUAUCGUUUCACCUUACGUGACACGACACAGAACAUGGAAAGAGGGUUGAUCGAACAUUCUCACCCCUUUCGAAUUUCGAUUCUCAGGAAACGCGUAAGACGAUACGAAAUAAUUGCAGGUACGAAUCGACGAAUGAAAGAGAGCGAGAGCGAGAGCGCGAGCGAGAGAGAGAGAGAGAGAGAGAGAGAGAGAGAGAGAGAAUUGGUGCUUUUCGAGAGCAAUACUAAAUAACUUCCGUCGAAUCCGUGUGCACGAAUGUGACACGAGAUUAGCGUGUACGAAGCAAAUAAAAAAAAAAGAGGGAGAAAAAGCGGAGAAAACUUAGAAAAAUACUCGGUCGAUCCUAAUCGCAUUCGAAAUCGCUUCGUCGCGCCUCCGCUUGCUUCACUUCGAUCGUUCGAUCGAUUUUAUCGAGAUCUAAAUUAAUUUUAACUGACUGAACGUUAUCGUGCGACGAUCGGUUUUAUUAUUCGGCUAUUUUAUUUAAUUAUUUGAUUAUAAUCGGCAUCGCAUAGCGAGUAACGAAAAGGGGAAACAAAAAAAGAAAAGAAAAAAAAAGAAAAAAACAAAGGAAAAAAUAAAAAAAAAACAGGAUUACGCGCGAACACCCUCUUUACACCAGCAAUUGUUACAAAUUAGAUUUCCCUCGCAGAGAGAGAUGGAAUCGCGUAAAUAAAUAAAUAAAUAAAUUAGUCACCUUCCCUUUGCGUAUUUAUAGGGAGAGUGUUGCCCGCUUCUACGUUCGAAUUGAAAAAACAGGUUGUUUCGUUUUUCGAUAUCUAGUUUUACAUUCUCAACGACGAAAAGUGGUUAAAUUAAACGAAACAAGUGUCAAGAAUGUUCUGACGGAGGCUCGUCCGAUUUUUACAAAAAAAAAGGAAAAAAAAAAAGAGGAAAAGAAAAACGCUCGAGACGUACGCGUAUUAUUCUCAAUGGACACACGUACGAUCGAUCGUUCGUCUUUGAAAAUUUCGAUCGAUUUCUUGACGGUGCCUACGUUCCUAAUUGCUUCCAAACCUCAGGGGUGAGAAAGAGAGAGAGAGGGAGAGAGAAAGAGCGAAAGAGAGAAAGAGAGGGAGAGAAAGAGAGAAAGAAGGUUAACAGUCAAAAGAAGAAGAAAAGAUUUGCAAAUGUCAAAACGUAAUUAGAAAUUAAUUAUCCCUACUCGCCUAAAUAGAAACCGUACGAGUAGGAAAUAGUGUAUAGGCGGUAUCUCUUCAUUGAGUUUCGUAUCAUCAUAAUAAAACUUCCGAAUCGCUAGUAAAAUUUCGACUUACUUAAAACAGAGGUAGAACCGCGAAAUUCCGUCAGAUGUCAGAGGCAGCUAUGUCGAGACCGGGUCGAACAAUUUUUCAACAUCGUACUUAAAACAAGGGAGAAAGAGAGCGAGCGAGCGAGCGAGCGAAAGAGAGAGAGAGAGGGGAAAAAAGGAAGAAGCGACAAAAGGAAAUUUUCUCGCGACGAUUCUAACCUUCAAAGUUUAGUUGAUCCGUUUUCUUCGAAAAUUGAAUCGAAGAAUCGAUAUCGGUCACGCGAUCGAUUCUUUAGGCGAAUUGAAAAAUGAGAAUAAAAGUAUAUCUGUAUCGAGUUUCUCGUUUGCUCUCUCGUUUAAACAAAAUUUAUUAUUUGAACGUGGUCGAUGAUAGAAUAGGAGGAACAAAUAUCCCGCAGAAAUAAGAGCGGCCAUAUCGUCGAGCAAAUGAUUUAAAUUCGCCUGACAAGGUCCAGUACCUGGCUCGAGAACAUCGAUAAGUAAUGCUAAGAAAAUGAAAAGAAAAGAGAAUACCGAUACACUACUAAAAAGAAAAAAAAGAACCGUUCAUCGCGUUGCGCCGCCAUCGCGAUGCUCGAAAUGCUAUAUUUUUUUGCAGCGCGAAUGCUCGGAUUUACCUCCCCCCCCCUCCACGCAAGGGGGUAUUAUACCCCGUUCCAUUUCUCCUUUCUUUCCGUUCUUCUCCGUUUUUUUCCAGACAACACACCGGGGCAUGAUCGCUGCUGCGUUCGUAGACAUUUAAAUAUAGAUCGUGUAUAGGGUAUAUUGUAUACACAAAUAUCCAGAACGUUUAAAUAAAAGCUUAUUUAUUGCCGAGUAUAA